CUGAUUUAUAAAAUGGAACUUGGCUGUUUACAAACCUUUGAUAAUCAGGAAUAAAGAUGAAUGAUACCCGGGUUAGGAUGGAGGAGGAGGAAUACUGGAAUGAUUCUGUUGCUAAAGGGUUCUCCUGGGAGGAAGGAGAUGAUACUAUGGGAAUGCCGGAUCUAAGUAUAACCUCGAGCCAGCCUCUAGAUGAUCUAGUAUCCUUCGAGAUGGGUCCGACCUCCUCCGGCUCUGCUGUAUGGGAGGCCAGGGUUAGAGAGGCUGCUAAACAGAUCUCAGCAGCUGCAAACAAACCAGAACCAUCCAUCAGCCAGAUGAUGGGUCGGAAGGAUCCUGCCAAGCUAGAAGCUGAACUGAAUACCUUGAGAAGGAAACUUGAAAACCUGCAGGAUAGAAGACUGGAUCCAGACCCACCAGUAGAAACCGUUCAAAAUAUUAUCCUAGGUAAACCGUACUCCCUCGAGAUGUAUAAGAGUAUGAAGAAGAAAGAGGAUCUACUUGACUGCGCACUGGAGAUGGGGGACGGGGACGCCAUCCUUGCUAUCACACUUAUGAUCAAGAAGACUUUAAAACAUCCGAAAUUUCUUGGAAUUUUGGGCGCUCGGCCCCUCGCCGCUCAGCAUCUAAUUCAUCAUAUGAUUACUCGACAUGAACUCUCUCAGUUAACAGAUCUUUUAAACGCUCUCGGUCGAUUUCAUGAAUCUGGAAUUGUUGCCUACAAGCAAGCAGUAUCGUCUCAGAGUAUUGAGUACAAAGUGCGAAACUUAAAACAAAUCCUUCACUCACAAAUGUCCGGCCAUAUCGACUCCUCCUUAGUGGUUGAACAAAUCAAUCUGCUGGAACGAAUCUCUCCCAUCCUUGGCGCUGAAUCAUCCUACCCGGAGAGACAACCGUCCGUCCUCUCUAGUAGUGUACUGAAGGCUCUGCUAUACUGUACCCAGCACUACUAUGGAGCCCCGGAGAAUCUUCUGCACUCUCCUUCAGCUAUACGGAAGAUGCACAGCUUGUCGGAGAGGCAGGUUAUCUGGGUCAGUGUCAGGGGUAGAGCUACAGCUGAAGCCUGGAAGGAUUGUGAAAACCUACUUGUUGGAAAAGGCUGGUUGGGAGGUGUGAAAGCUAAAGGCGGUGUAAACAUGGCAGAAAUGUCAAUUGUACUGCACGAUGCCAAGUGUCCAGUUGAGACCCUGAGCUUGGUUCUACAGGCUGUAGAGAGUCCUGGAGAAAGGUUGGAGGUUGCACGUAAACUCCGGGUCUCUAGUGUAGUUGUUGAUGUUCUCCUGGCACAGAAGGAUCGGGCUGCUCUCCUUAGGUUCCGAGAUUCUCUACAGGCGAGUUCACGAGACUGGUUUUACGCAGAAAAUGCUCUAACAACAUCAAACGUGAAAUGGAAAAAUUAAAUUUUUUAUAUUCAUAUUUAUAAUUUUAAUUCCUGAGAAACAUUUAUUAAACCAACUGUGAUAUUUCAGAAAA